GGAGACCCCGCGGACGCAGCAUGGGCCCAGUCACACAUCUCAGCGCUCGUGUAACCUUUUAACACAAUGACACAGUGACGCCUCCGCCGUCUUCAUAGAUCUUCGCUCCCGAGGCCGAGCUCAGCGACAGCGGGGGAAACAUGCGAGCGACGGGGGGCGAGGGGGAGGAGGGGGACGCGCCGAACAAAGCCGAGAAGGACCAGAGCUGGAUGCCCAAAGUCUUCAAGAGGCGACUGUGCACCACGUUUGUGGAGGACCCCAGCGACGGCCAGCGGUGCCAGUGCGGCCGCCUGAAGCGCGAGCACGCCGCCGUGGCCCUCGGCGACUACUUCAGCGCCGCCAUCGUGAACAACUGGAACAGCGGCCAGCACUCGUCCGAGUACCCGACGGACGCCUAUGGGGAGCUGCAGUUCGCGGGAGCCAGCAAGCGCCACAGCUACUUCGUCCGUCUGUCGUGCGACACCGCGCCGUCGGUCGUCUACAACCUCUUGACCGGCAAGUGGGGCCUGCCUCUGCCCAACCUGGUGGUGUCGGUGGUGGGGGGGGAGGCCAAGACCAAGAUGAAGACCUGGGUGCGGGAGAUUCUCAGGCAGGGGCUCGUGAAGGCCUCACAAAGCACAGGGGCGUGGAUCAUAACCGCGGGCAUGCGGGAAGGCGUCGGCAAGUGCGUGGGAGAAGCGGUGCGGGACCACGCCACCGCCGCCUCCCUCAGCAAGGUGGUGGCGCUGGGCGUCGCCCCCUGGGGCCUGGUGCACAACCGGGAUCAGCUGGUCAACGCUCAGGGCAGCUUUCCAGCCAAGUACACUCUGGACACGUCCAAGGAGUCCUGCUGCCUGGACAACAACUACCAGGCCUUCCUGCUGGUCGACGACGGCACCGUGGGCCGCGCGGGAGGAGAGACCGGGUUCAGGGCCAAGCUCGAGUACUACAUCUCCCAGCAGCGCACGGGAAUAUGGGGCACGGGCAGCAUUGACAUCCCUGUGCUGUGUAUGCUGAUCUCUGGGGAGGCCAGUCUGCUGAAGAGAGUGGAGCUGUCCCUGAAGAACUCCAUCCCCUGGCUGGUCCUCGCCGGCUCGGGGGGCGUGGCCGACUUCCUCAGCGACGUGCUGGAGACCUUCUCGUCCACGCCGGCGGCCCAGGCCUUCAGCGACGGCGCCGACGGCGCCGCCUGUCCCAGCGUGGACCUGAAGGACCGGAUGGCGGAGCGGGUCAGGCAUCACUUCCCCUCUGAGGUGGAAACGGAGAAACUAGUGGAGCGGGCGUUGAGCAUCUACCAGAACCGAUACUUCAUCACCGUCUACCACGGCGAGCAGGACGGCCCCAACGACUUUGACACCGUGCUGCUCAAAGCGCUGGUGGCAGCCAGUAAACAGCGGGCGGCGGGUGACGCCAACCCGUACAUGGACGAACUGAAGCUGGCUGUGACGUGGAACCGGGUGGACAUCGCCAAGAGCGAGCUCUUCAACGGAGACAUCCACUGGAAGUACAAUGACUUGGAGGAGUCCAUGACCGACGCCCUGAUCAACGACAAGCCUCAGUUCGUGCGUCUCUUCGCCGAGAACGGCCUCAGCGUCCUGCACUACCUCACCUACGGGCGUCUGGAGCAGCUGUACCGCUCGGUGGACGAGGGCACGCUGCUGUACCAGCUGCUGCAGCGCUCCCUGGUGGAGCGGCUGGGAACCGCGCCCAGUAGCCAGCAGCUCCCCCCGGUGAUGACGGCGGAGGAGGAGAUGAGGGGCCUCGACGCCGAGGUCACGCUGUUUGAGGUGUCCAGGGUCCUGGAGCUGCUGAUGGGUGACGUCUGCCAUCGCUAUUACUACGACGCCUUAGGAUUACAGCCUCAUGUCUCCCAGAGGAAGGCUUUGAAGUCCGCCCGGGAGGCUCGUUAUCUCGAUUAUCGCCACAAGCGCUGCCCGUCGCCCUGGGCCUCGCUCUUCAUCUGGGCUGCCCUGCAGAACCGAAGCGAGAUGGCGACGUACUUCUGGGAGAUGGCAGGGGAGCCCGUGCUGAGCGCCCUGAGCGGCUGCAAGCUCCUGAGGGAGCUGUCCAAGCUGGAGGACGAGGCCGACACCAAGCAGUCAAUGAAGGACCUGGCCCAGAAGUUUGAGACGCUGGCGCACGACAUCUUCAGCCGCUGCUACCGGAGCAACGAGACUCACUCGUUCACCCUGCUGAUUAGGAAGUCCACCAUUUGGAGCGGCGCCACCUGCCUGCAGAUGGGAAUGGGUGCCGACGCGCGGCUCUUCUUCAGCCAUGACGGCGUGCAGUCGCUGUUGUCCCAGAUCUGGUGGGGGUCCAUGAAGAGGAACACGGAGGUGUGGAAGCUCCUGGUGACCUUCUUCUGUCCCAUCCUCUGCUACACGAACUUCAUCUCCUUCAGGAACUACACGGACCCCUAUCAAGAGGAGGAGGAAGAGGAGGCGAAGCCUGACGAAGAUCAGCCGCGGCCCAACUACAACGUCUACGGCACCACAGUCUACUCGUUCUCGGAGCUCAAGCGAACUGAAGCUGAAGACGCGGACAGUCUGAUGAUGACAGACGUCCAAGGCUCACCUCCCAGGCCGCCCCAGCGUCCCUUCAUAGUCUCACGAUGGCGCCAGUUCUGGUUCGCGCCCAUCACCUCGUUUUUGGGCAACGUCUUGAUGUACUUCCUCUUCCUGCUGCUGUUCGCCUACGUGCUUUUGGUGGACUUCCAGGGCCCGCCGCCCGACGGCCCGUCCACCAGCGAGUUUGUGCUGUACUUCUGGGUGUUCACCAUCGUGUGUGAAGAGAUCCGGGAGACCUUCUUCAUGGGGGCGCUGACGUGGCGUCAGAGCAUGAGAAUGUACAUUCAGGACGUGUGGAACAAGUGUGACCUCACCGCCAUCACACUCUUCAUUGUAGGCGUGAUCUUCAGGAUGUUUGAGUACUCGCAUGAGUUCGGUCGGGACAUCCUGUGUGUGGAUUACAUGGUCUUCACCCUCCGGCUCAUUCACAUCUUCGCCAUCCACAAGCAUCUGGGACCAAAGAUCAUUAUUCUGGGCAAGAUGAUGAAGGACGUGUUCUUCUUCCUCUUCUUCCUGGGGGUGUGGCAGAUGGCAUACGGAGUAGCCAAUCAGGCUUUAGUUUACUCCUACGACCCUAACUUGGACCGCAUCUUCCGACGGGUCUUUUACAGGCCGUACUUACACAUCUUUGGGCAGAUCCCAGUGGAGGAGAUUGAUGUGGGGAAGGAGUGGGACAAGGAGUGCACCACCAACAAGACGCUGAUCUGGGAAGGUGAGGAGCCGUGCAGGACGGAGCUCAGCAACUGGCUGGUGGUGAUUCUCCUCGUUAUCUAUCUGCUGGCGACCAACAUCGUGCUCAUCAACCUGCUCAUCGCCAUGUUUAGCUACACCUUCAAUGAGGUCCAGGCCAACAGUGACAUCCACUGGAAGUUCCAGCGCUACAGCCUGAUUGUUCAGUAUCACUCCCGUCCGUCCCUGGCGCCACCGUUCAUCAUCUUGUCUCACCUCAACCUCUUCAUCAAGAGGAUCAUCCGCAAGGUGCCCUCCAUCAAGAUCUACGACUUCGUGUUGCAGGUGACGGGGAAAACGGCCAACAGGCUGAUGACGUGGGAAACCAUCCAGAAGGAGGACUUCCUGUCUGCGCAGACCAAAAUCCAGAGGAGCAGCGAUUCUGAGAGGCUCAAGCGCGUGUCCGUCAAGGUGGACGACGUGCUCAAACACGUGACUGAAAGCAGAGCCGUUGACCGCAGACUGAGGGCCCUGGAAACGGAGAUGGAGUAUUGCUCAAAUGCUCUCAGCUGGAUAGUGGAAAGUUUGGCUCAAAGCAGCUCAGUGAAACCUGCUCGGCCUCCGCCCACAAGACAAGAUGCGUUCGCCGCUCCUUCCAGUUCCAGCUGAUUCAACGUCAGCGACGACGUCAUGUUCACUCCGCUUUUGUUCUUUCUUCAUCUCCUACGGCCUCAACUGGAACAAAGUGAAUGCACCCGUCACAAGUGCCUUUGUGCAAUGACAGGCAAUAGCAUCUUUUUUUAUAUUGUGUUUAGUGAUUGUAAAUACAGGACAUGGCAACCUUGUUAACCUUGUACUGUGAAAGAAAUAAAGGUUUCUUUUGACUAGUUUUCAAUAAAA